AUGGAUGCUUGUACCGCUACAGGGGAAGUCGUGGUGACAGUGGAUGACAUCGAACGUCUUGGAUGUUCCAACAUGAACGUGGGUGCGAAGAUUUUUUGCAACACUGGUGCGGACCGGGAGCAGACACUCAAAGAAAACCGGAUGGCUUACCUUAGGUUGCGUCUAUUGCCGAGGGUACUUCGGCACGUCUCCGAGCGCCAAAUAAAGGUAACCCUGCUGGGGGACCAGAAAGUCUCCAUGCCGGUUUGUAUCUCGCCGUCAGCCCUCCACAAGCGGUGGCACCCGGACGGGGAGAUCGCCACCGCUAGAGCGGCCCACGCAGAAAGGACCCUAAUGGUACUGAGCAUCUACAGCAGCACUUCUAUGGAGGUUGUGAAGAGGGAAGUGCCAGGCGGCCUCUUUUGGCUCCAAGUACAGUUCGCCGUUGACCGAGACCUCACGAGGAGCCUGGUGAGACGGGCCGAACGAUCUGGCUACCGAGCACUGGUGGUCACCGCGGAUUGUCCCGUGUUUGGAAAGCAAAUCGGCCUAAUAAAGAGGCCUUACCGUCUGCAGGACGGAAACAGAUAUGGGAACCUGGAAGGAAGCUCGGAAUUCGCCGAAGUGAAAUCAACGGUGUCCGUAAAAGCGAUGGUGUCCGUCAUCGACCCUUCGCAGUCUUGGGAUGACAUCACCUGGUUGAAGAGCAUCACCAGUCUACCUUUGGUGCUCAAAGGAAUCACUAAUGCGGAAGACGCAGAGGAAGCUAUCAGUCGUGGCGUUUCAGCGAUCCUCGUGUCAAACCACGGUGGUCGCCAGUUGGACGGACAAGCAGCAACCAUCGAGGUCCUCCCAGAGGUCGUGAGGGCAGUCCGCGGACGCGUCGAAGUUUACAUCGACGGCGGCGUCCGUCAGGGCGCGGAUGUGAUCAAGGCGCUGGCACUCGGAGCCAAGGCUGUGUUCGUUGGACGUCCCACCAUCUGGGGACUGGCGUACAACGGUGAAGCCGGAGUGAGGCAAAUGCUGUCGAUACUGAGGCAAGAGGUGGACCGAGAUCUUGCACUAAUGGGUAAUUGUUUUCUUAGAACACCUCUCUAA